AGGGCUCAGCCUCGGAGCGGGGCAGGCGCUGCAGGCCGGGAGAGCGCCGGCCCGAGCUGCGGCGAGGCCUCGGCGGCGCUGAGGGCAGGCCCGGCCGCUCGGCGCUGCCGCUUUAAGGGCGGGCGGGAGCGCGGCCCGGCCCCGGCAGCGCGGCGGCGGCAGCAGCAGUCUUGCUCUUGUGGAAGCACAGGCCUGAAAUGCUUCUCUGGUCAUCAGUUUCAGGGGAGGUUCAAAAGCUGUGCCCUGAAGCAAGGAAGUCUGAGUUAUUGAAAAGAAAUUAGAGAGCAAGGUGAGGAAGGAAAAAGGAUAUGAAAAUACUGAAGCAUGGGUGAAGGAGAUCUAAGCAGGAAGACUGGAAAACAUUUCCUCUCCCUUCAGGCCACUUCCUGAUGCGUAUACUUGCAGGAUCAGCAUAGGAAAGGCCCAGGAGCAAGAGAAGGCAGGCCCUGCAAAUGCCAGAGUCUUCCUGCAAAAUCUGAAGAUUCAUUGGAAGAACCUUAAAUGGGAGUAGAUUUCUGUGUGUAUAUCUUCAGGGCAGAGGGUUGUUAAAAGGUUGCACAUUUAAUUUUUAUCUCUAUCAGCUGUCCCACUAACUGGUUGUUUCUCAGUGGAUAAGUUUAGGGUACUCUUCUGUAUGGGUCUCUUGCUAGCUUCUUCCUCGAAUACCACUUCUUUCAGACUUAAGGGGCAGGGGCAAGGCACAAGAGCAUAGGGACUUCCUCUUCUUAAAGUCCCUGGUGGUACAAAGCCUUGAAGUCACUGAAGAAACAUCACUUAUGCAGCAUUUUUCUCCUUUCAGGAAUUGUCAUCCAUAACUAUGAAAAACAACAUCCUGUGAGUUUGUUUCAAGCUCCGUGCCUCAUCACUUCCUUCAGAUAAGCUGUGCUCCAAUCUCUCCUGGGGAAGGCUGGUGUCCUUGCAGAAACAUGGCCUUCCAUAGCUGGAAGUGGCUCCUCCUUUUGGGCAGGCAGAAUACCCUUGCAAAGGUGUGGAGAAGCAGGAGGGGAGGCCCCUCUCUGUGCUGGAAGCGCUGCUGCCAUUGGAGCACAGGCAAGUCUCUGGACCCUGAGGUGAGGGCUUUUUUGGAGGAGAACACCGAGGUCACCAACAGCGGGCACCUCACACCAGAGAUCCGGCUGCGCCUCCUCACCCCUCGCUGCAGGUUCUGGAGAGAAAAACCUGACCUGUGGCCUUAUGGGGACCCUUUCUGGGCAAUUUACUGGCCAGGAGGCCAAGCCCUCUCCAGGUACAUUUUAGAUAAUCCAUGUGUGGUUAAAGGGCGAUCAGUUCUGGAUCUUGGAAGUGGAUGUGGAGCAACAGCAAUAGCUGCUGUGAUGAGUGGUGCAUCCCAUGUCCUUGCCAAUGACAUUGACCCUAUUGCAGGAAUGGCAAUGAUCUUGAACUGUGAACUGAACCACUUGAAUCCCUUCCCCAUCACCAUUAAGAACAUCAUCAAUUCAGAGGCUGGCAACUGGGACCUCAUCGUUCUAGGAGAUAUGUUUUAUGACGAACAACUUGCUGAUGGUCUGCAUCACUGGCUGCAGAAGUGCAUCAGGAUUCACCAGACUGAAGUGCUGAUUGGUGACCCUGGCAGGCAUCAGUUUCUAAGCCACAGCAUUCACAGUCAGCUGCACAAAGUUAUAGAAUAUUCACUGCCUGAGUAUACCAGACAAGAAAAUUACGGGCUAACAUCAAGUAUCGUCUGGAGUUAUCAGCCCUCGAACGGCUUAGACGACUCUUGAAGCUGCCUUUCUAUGGGAUUUUGUCUCACUUGGUUGGCUUUCUGCAGUUAUAUAAAAUGAAAAUGGAAUUAAACAGAGAAAUUAUCUGUUAAAGUAAAGCAGCUUACUGUACCUCCACUGGACUGAUUUCAAUCAUACUGAGGCUUUUGCUCAAUUUGAGGUAAAAGCUACAUGCAAACUGUGUUCAAAGGGACCUGCACUGAAGUGCAGAUCUACAAACAACUUACAUGUAGGAGUUUGCAUGCUUGAUGUUUCCCAUGUAUAUUUGUGUCUUGCUGACAUUCCUGUGAAAUGUUUUGGAUGUCCAGCGUAAGACUGUGGGGAGAGGGCUGUGGCUGAAGGACUACUUCACUGCUUCCACAGGCUUUUGCAGCUUAUUUAUAGAAAAUUUCUAAAUAUAGAAAAUUAUUGCUGCCCUCCAUAAAAUUCUCCACUAGAUUAUUAGCUCGUAAUAUGCUCAACUUGAAGUGCCUUGCUCUUUUUCUGGGUAUCUCUUCUGAAUGUCAAAGUAACUAAAUUGAAUCCCCCCCUCUCCCUCUAUAAUAAAAAUUUCCUCUUCCUUGAAACUGCCAGAGUGAUUGUGUAGGAGUUGCACCCAAAUCUAAACUCUGCUUCUUGACUGCCAGCCAGUGUAAAAGCUUUAAUAAAUGGAAAGUGAAUAAAUAGUACCAGCUAUGGGGUAACUUCAUCCCCUUGAGAGUAGGGUCAAGUGAUCUACAUUCCCUACAUUACCCUUUGCAAGGGUAAACCAAGCAAUGUCACCUUGGGAAGCUGCUGAGGGAUGAAGUCUUUACUUCUGUGACAAACGGAGGGUAACUAAAUAAAAACUGAAU